ACCCCUCGUUGACAAUUGAGCUGGCGAAACUUGUGUGUGCAGUGUGAUUAUUUCGGAAUAGUUGUGUAUGCUUUUGAGUUUCGGAAAUGGACACCGAUUUCGAGCCACUCGCUCCUUGCCUGGAAAACAUUAUUGAUCAGGAAACACUGAAGUGGAUCUUUGUUGGUGGCAAAGGUGGUGUAGGGAAAACGACUUGCAGUUGCAGUUUAGCGGUUCAACUGGCGAAAGUACGUGAAUCGGUGUUGAUCAUUUCCACCGAUCCGGCGCACAACAUUUCCGAUGCGUUCGACCAGAAAUUUACCAAAGUUCCGAGCAAAGUGAACGGAUUCGACAAUCUGUUCGCGAUGGAGAUUGAUCCUAAUGUGGGGUUGAACGAACUUCCCGAUGAGUACUUCGAGGGGGAGAACUCCGCGAUGAAGCUGAGCAAGGGGGUGUUCCAGGAGAUAAUCGGGGCACUGCCUGGCAUCGAUGAGGCGAUGAGCUAUGCGGAGGUUAUGAAAUUGGUCAAAGCGAUGAACUUUUCGGUGGUUGUAUUCGACACGGCACCAACGGGACACACACUCCGAUUGCUCUCGUUCCCACAGGUAGUGGAAAAGGGUCUAGGAAAAUUGCUAAGAUUGAAAAUGAAACUCGCACCAUUCAUCUCACAAAUGGGAUCUCUCUUUGGGAUGCAAGAUUUCAACGCGGACACCCUGACUAGCAAGCUGGAGGAAAUGCUGACGAUAAUCCGACAGGUCAACGAACAGUUCCGGAAUCCGGAUCAGACAACGUUCGUGUGCGUGUGCAUCGCUGAAUUCCUUUCGCUGUACGAAACGGAGCGACUGGUGCAAGAGUUGACAAAAUGUGGCAUUGACACCCACAACAUCAUCGUCAACCAGUUGCUGUUCCGUCGGGAAGGUCAAGAACCAUGCGCGAUGUGUUCGGCUCGGUAUAAAGUGCAGGAGAAGUAUCUAGAUCAGAUUGCUGAUUUGUACGAGGAUUUUCAUGUGGUGAAGCUACCCCUACUAGACAAAGAAGUUCGUGGAGCGGAGAACGUGAAGAAGUUCUCUGAAAAUCUGAUCAAACCGUACUGCCCAAACGGGACAACGCAGGACGAUUAGCAUUUGCUAGAUGUGUGAAGGGAUGGGAGUGGUUAAUUGUAUCGUAUAAGGUUUUUAUGGGACGAACAUGAUUUUGCCACGAGAGGGUUAUUUUAUGAAUGAAUCCUGGUCGAUUGUAUAGGAUGAGUAAUUAUGCAACAGAUACUGCAACCUCAGUUUUAUAUCAUUUCCAACACGCUGCACGUCUAUAUUUAACUGAAAUCAACUAAAAUUCAUGCUCAGUUGCUACAAUUGUGAAUUAUCGAGGGGUAUAUUCCAAAUAAAUUAUAUUGUUUCAAAUGAAAAUUCUGAUUCUUCUUGAAGGAGCUGGGUGCGCUUUUAUUCACUCCUCGAGCAUUGGUAUCGAAUUUUUUUUCUCCUCUCCCUACGAGUUGGUUCUUUUUUUUCGUGUGUUCCGUGGUGAAGUAAUGUUCAAAGUGCCCAAAGGAAUCGGAACAGUGGAACUGCAGCACCCUUGCAGUGAUCUGGAUCGGCAGCUUGUUCAAUUGGAUACAUCACCAUAAGGCAUCGUCAGCACGUGGUUGACUCUCGGUUGACCAUUGGAUAACAUAUUUAUGAAUUUAUUAUUAAACACCAUCCGUCUAUCAGUCUUGGUGGUCUUAAAUUGGGAAAAAGCCGCCUUGAGCAAACAUUAAAUUUAGACUCGAAGUGACAGAAAACCCCAAUAAUACUACACAAGUGUAUACAGUUAAAAUAACAUAAAAAUGGGCAAAUAAUAAAAAUGGAAAACAAUUGUAACAAUUCUA